CCGCGCAAAUGAAUUUCAGGAACAUUUUUUUGAGGAUCACGGACUUUUGAUGUGCCGAUUUUGUGACCUACCUGUUAAUUUUAGUACAAAAUCAACUAUUACAACCCACAUAGGCAGUACUAGACAUGCUGCAAAUAAAAAAGCAAAAGAACAGC